CCCAAAAGGUAUAAAAUUAGUAAGCGUUCCAAAUAUUUUUAUAAAAUAAUUAAUUGUUCACUCUACUUGCAGGCUGAACUACUGCACAUUACAGUGUAAGAGGUUACGCACAACGUACCCAAGCUAAAUUAAUAUUAGAGCUGCAAAGUAAUAAAUUAUAUUUGAUCAUUAUACAGUACAAUACAAAGUACUGUAUAUUACUAGUAAUAAGGUAUGACUUCCUCUUAUUUUUACUCAGUUGACACCCGAGGCCAGACACAAAGAUCAGUUUAAAUAAUUUGUUCCAAAUUCCCCCGAAAUAUUCUGGUUCCAUCCAUCCAUUUUCUUAGCUGCUUAUCCUCACAGGGGUCGCGGGAGUGCUGGAGCCUAUCCCAGCUGUCAACGGGCAGGAGGCAGGGUACACCCUGAACUGGUUGCCAGCCAUUCGCAGGGCACAUGGAGACAGACAACAUCCGCACUCAGAAUCACAGCUAGGGGCAAUUUAGAGUGUCCAAUUAAUGUUGUUGUUUUGGGAUGUGGGAGGAAACCAGAGUGCCCAGAGAAAACCCACGCAGGCAUGGGGAGAACAUGCAAACUCCACACAGGCGUGGCCAGGAUCGAACCCUCAACCUCAGAACUGUGAGACACUUUGCAGCUGAUCCACUAUUCCGCUUUCUACUUUAUUAUGGGAAUUAAUUUUAACUGGUUAGUGAUUAAUUUUAAGUUGCUUUUACCAUGAAUGAAAUUUGUUUCAUUGUCUUUAUUUUGAAAAUGUCAGCAACAACAAAAAAAUACUACUAAAAAAAUACAACAACAAAAAACAAAGCAGACAAACAAAAAACGAAAAUAGACAAAACCCGAUAGGUAGAAUCAAGUAAAACAGGUUUACAGCAUACACACUUUGACAUGCUCUAAAGAGGAAGUACAAUGUCAGAAUUAUUGGAAUUAAUCUUUUCUUGAUGUCUGUUGCUUUUCUUGAAGCAAAAUGUUUUGUUUUUUUUCAAAUCAGUAAAAACAAGCAAUCAGGUUUUACUUUGAAAAUUUAUUUUUUCAAAUAAUGAACAGGUGAAGCAUUUGACCCGGAACCAAUCAAAUAAAAGCUAAAAUCAUCUUGGGGCUUUGAGAACUAUAAUUUUGAAAUAUACCACCCAGUUCUAAAAAUGAGGUACCACUGUCCUGAUCUAAUCUACAAUCAGGGACUCGUGGAAUAACUCAUGACAUCCAACACAAAUACUGCAUAAUAAUGGUCAUUAUGUGGCAUUAAAGUGAGAUGUAUAUUAAUGUCACCAUAACAUGCAGUUGUCUCAAAGUUCUUGGCUGCUGGAAGGAAAAUAUCAUUCAAUCUUGCAGCGUAAUGCAGCUGUUUUACACCAAUUCAUACUAUAACUGCAAUCCAUCCAUCUAUCUAUCUGUCCAUCCAUCCAUCCAUUUAUAUGUACCACUUAUCCUCACUAGGGUCGCAGCCAUGGUGAAGCCUAACCCAGCUGACUCUGGACGAGAGGGGGCGUACACCUUGAACUGGUUGCCAGCCAAUCAGAAAGCACUUAUAGGAUCAACAAACAACCAUUCAUACUUCCAUAUUCAGCUAGGGGCAAUUUAGAGUCUUCAAUCAAUCUACUGUGCAUGUUUUAGGAUGUGGGAUAAAACCAGAAUGCCCGGAGGAAACCCAGGCAGGCACAGGGAGAACAUACGAACUCCAGACAGACGGUGCCGAGAAUUGAUCCCCAGUCCUCAGAACUGUGAGGCAGAUGUGCUAAGCGGUCAUCCUUCGUGUCGCAUUAAUAGGCAAAUUGUAAAAGAAUAAUCAUCCGACAGAAAAUAUCAAAAGCAUUAUUAUCUUUGCCAAAGGAAGAUUGUCCCAUGCUGUCUCGUUUUAAAUCUACUAAAUGAUGUAGGUAACUGGUUCGUGUCAAAAAGUGUAUGCGUAAAACAGAUAUUCCGUGAAAUUUUAUGACCAAAUUCUUAAUGCAGCUAUAUAAUGUUUUGAAAUAGUGAACCAUGUACACAAAUGUCCUGUGAAAGAAGCAUUUGACCUCAAACACAAGACAAUCCUCGCAUGUUCUAGAUGACUUGAAGGCAAUUGUUGAUUCAGUGCAGAGGAAGGAAGGAACUGCUUCCUUUGAAACAGGAAAGUGCCCCCCCCUUUCCUUUUUGGAGAAGCAAACAUUUGUGUGGUGUAAGAGACAGAAGACAAAGUGUCCUGUGCAGUUGUGAUGGUUUUGCAUCUAAAAGUUUGUUCCACACUUUGAAUCCAAUUCCAGGUUGGCUCUGAGCACCUUCACCAGAAUGAGCACCAACCCCUCUGACGAAUUCUUCCAGGCCACAAAUCACGCUGAGCAGACUUUCCGAAAGAUGGAGAGCUACCUGCAGCAUAAGCAACUGUGUGAUGUGCUCCUAUUAGCAGGCGAUCACAAGAUACCAGCUCACAGACUUGUUCUAAGCGCCGUCUCCGACUACUUUGCCGCAAUGUUCACCAGCGACGUGAGGGAGGCCAAACAGGAGGAGAUCAAAAUGGAGGGGGUCGAUCCAGAUGCCCUCACCUCCCUGGUCCAUUUUGCCUACACUGGUGUCCUUGAGUUGAAGGAGGAGACCAUCGAGAGUUUAUUGGCGGCAGCUUGCCUCUUGCAGCUCUCACAAGUUAUCCAGGUUUGCUGCAACUUCCUGAUGAAGCAGCUUCACCCCUCCAACUGCCUGGGAAUACGGUCCUUUGCUGACGCUCAGGGCUGCGUGGACCUUCUCAAUGUGGCUCACAACUACACAAUGGAAAACUUUCUGGAGGUUAUUCAGAACCAGGAGUUUCUUCUGCUACCCACGGCUGAGAUAGUUAAGCUUCUUUCCAGCGAUGACAUCAACGUGCCAGACGAGGAGACCAUCUUCCAGGCCCUGAUGAUGUGGGUGAGGCACGACGUCCAGCGUCGACAACAGGACCUCGGAGUGCUUCUCUCUUAUAUUCGCCUGCCUCUUCUUCCUCCGCAGCUUAUUGCUGACCUGGAAAACAACAAGAUGUUCUCUGAUGAUCUGGAAUGCCAAAAACUGUUGAUGGAGGCCAUGAAGUACCAUCUUCUACCAGAGCGCCGUCCCAUGUUUCAGAGCCCGAGAACCAAGCCCAGAAAGUCCACAGUGGGUGCACUUUACGCUGUAGGUGGGAUGGAUGCGACUAAAGGUUCAACCACCAUUGAGAAGUAUGACCUGCGGACCAACACCUGGGUCCCGCUCGGAGUUAUGAACGGCCGCCGGCUACAGUUUGGUGUUGCCGUGAUAGAUAACAAGUUGUAUGUGGUCGGUGGUAGAGAUGGGCUUAAGACCUCUAACAUGGUGGAGUGUUACAAUCCGGUCAACAAAGUGUGGUCCACCAUGCCGCCUAUGUCAACACAUCGACAUGGACUUGGUACUGCUGUGCUGGAGGGCCCCAUGUACGCUGUAGGUGGUCACGACGGUUGGAGCUAUCUCAACACAGUGGAGCGCUGGGACCCGCAGGCCCGACAGUGGAACUAUGUGGCCAGUAUGUCGACACCACGGAGCACCAUGGGAGUCACGACGCUCAAUGGGAAAUUGUUUGCAGUAGGUGGCCGGGACGGCAGCUCAUGUCUGAGGUCUAUGGAGUGCUUCGACCCUCACACCAACAAAUGGAGCAUGUGCGCCCCCAUGGCCAAGAGGCGAGGGGGGGUUGGUGUGGCCACCUACAACAACUUUUUAUACGCUGUGGGCGGACACGACGCCCCGGCCUCCAACCACUGUUCCCGAUUGUCAGAUUGUGUUGAAAGGUAUGACCCCAAGACGGAUGCCUGGACCACCGUGUCCUCUCUCGGCGUUCCUCGGGAUGCGGUGGGUGUCUGCCUUCUGGGUGACAGGCUGUACGCUGUGGGUGGAUAUGAUGGCCAAUCUUACCUGACCACGGUUGAGUCAUACGACGCACAGAACAAUGACUGGACUGAGGAGGUCCCACUAAACAUUGGCAGGGCAGGUGCCUGCGUGGUGGUGGUGAAACUGCCGUGAUCAAUUUUUGUCCCACGCCUCCUUGAUAUAAACAAAUGAAGGCGAGCGGACCACCAAAACGACGAGGAUGCACUCUUUGAGAUUCUUUUGUUUUCAUCCUUUUGGCUUUUUAGAUUUUUGAGAGGUAAAAAAAAAAAACCAUGACCAAGCCUCUCCCCUCAUCAUUGGUGCACAUGUGGACCCACUGGGGAGGACCUGACUCGCGAACUGGAAUGCGCAUUCUUGAGAUUGUCAACGUGAUCAACAGUUUUUGCAUACACUUGGCAAGGCUGUAGCAAACCAGCAACAAGAUGUUGAUGUAUUGCUUUGUUAUUUUGAUUUUACAAAAAGAAAAAUGAAAAAAAAAUGUCAAUAUGAAACUACGUGAAAGUCACAUUAUCUGAACAACAGAUCUAUACAUAAACAUUUUCCUAGGGUUGUCAUCUCAAUCUGUACAUUUUUUUGGUCUACUUAUUUCCCUUUACAGCCACCCAAAAAAUAAAAAAUAAAAAAUAAAUAAGCACAUCACUGUGAAUAAUGAGACAAUACUAAGGUAAUCAAGUUUUCAGGUGGCUAAUGUAUCAAAAUAUGUAGUUUCUUAUCAAAGCUGUAGCGUUACACCACACCAAAGUAAAUUGCUUGUCCUUCACAGUCUUGCGGAUUGAAUAAAAGUUUACACAAUUGUGAAUGACACAAGAUAUAUCAUAUUGAUAUCUCACAUUGCUCCAAUUGUUUUGAUACAGUCCUGCUUGAAGCUGCGUCCUCAGAUCACUGCACUCGCAAUGUCUGAUUUCUUUUAUGUGCGCAGAGUGGAUUAUAUUGAGUUCACUGUGUGUUCUGUAACUUUUGUAAAUGCCUUCUAAGGUCACAUAGAGGGUCAACACAUAUUAUCUAAUUUUAUGACCCAAUAUCCAACGCGCGAGUGCAAAAAAUGUGUUCCUUUUCUAUUAGUUUUUUUUAUAUCAAUCUCUUCUGCCCUUAAGAAUUAAAUGACAAUUUUUAACUGCUAUAUUAAUAUGCUCCCUAGAGUGAAUGUUACUUUCUAUGUUUUUAAUCAUGACUUUGUAGAGCAUAAGAACAUCCCAAUAUAAUCAUGUUCAAAUCAAUGUUUAGAGAUUUGAAAAAAAACCCAAAUGAAACAUAGAAGCUUUUAUAUCAGGAUUUUCUGCUAUUUUCUUCCCGGUGCAGCAAUUUAUAAACCAAGCAUAAGUGUCUCAUCAACAGACUUGAGGACCAACUUCUCCUGCUUAUUUCCCCCCCGCUCAUUAUUUACCCUUCAAAUUGUUUUCAAACCUCCUACACAAACAACCUCCUCAAGAUUACUGCAAAUGGAUUUUGCAUACAAAAUACUGUUUUCAGUGUCAACAAAAGAAAAUGUAAAUGUUUAAUACAGGAACUCGUCCGUCUUGUCAAAUACGCAAACUCUCUACAGAAACAGAACCAAAACCAUUGUCACAAGCCGUGACUCAACAAGAUGUGUGCAUUAUUUCCCCUUUCGAUUUAAUGUACAAAUGAAUUAAGGACCGUAGUGUUGAUUAAUACAUCAGAACAUAUCAUAACAAUCCCUCGGCAGGCCGAUAUGUCGUCGAAGAGCUGUGAGAAAAAUAGAGAUGGUAUCAGGCCCAUCUAAUUGGAGACUAAUUAAGAGUUAUGAUGACAUCUACCCUUUUGAAAUAUUCACCUUUGAGACAUGGAAAAGUCAUUGCUCAAACUACCCAAUUCGUUGAAUUCUGUUCAUUGGUUGAAGUUGAAUUUGAAAUACAAGUGGAAUAUAACGAUGUACAUAGAUACAUUGUGUCUCAAUGUUAGCUGUAUAUUCACACAAUAUCAUUAUUUUUAUUGAUAAUAGACUGUUUUGUGAUUUUUUUUUUUACCACACAUAAAAAAAUGCAGUGUGCCCCAAAGCACAGGUGUCAAACUCAAGGCCUGGGGCCAGAGCCGGCCCGCUACAUGGUUUUAUGUGGGCCGCGAAGGCAAAUCAUGUGUGUCAACUCCCAUGAUUCCCGUUAAAAUCUGUACAAAAAUUUCAACUUGUCAUAUCAUAAAUUAUAAGAUGGAGAUAUUGCAAGGAUUUUUGUCUGACCAAACAUCAACAAUAGUUGAAAAACGCAUUACCCUUGAUUUCUGAUUCCAAACAGAGUUAAUAAAUUUCAAGUGUAAAUAUGAUGAGAUGAUUAAAGGUUUUUAUGGUUUCAGUCAUAACGGCCCUCAGAGGGAAACGGGAACCUACAAUGUGGCCCACUACAAAAAUGAGUUUGACAGCCCUGCCUAAAGCAAGUGACAUAUGGAGGAUACAAUAAAGGUUUAAUGCUGUUUACCAUCUAUAUCGUUUUUGUGUGAGUUCAGUAAGUUGUUCAGUCAGACGAGAAAAAUGUUCCACCACUCAAGUCUGAAAUUUGAAUUUAGGUUUUAGAACUAAGGAUAAGGAAUUUUUCUCAUGAGGUAUUGAUCAAAAUUACAACCCGCCAAGGAGAUUCUGAGAAACAGCUCAUUGGGCUAUUUGCAAGAACCCUGUGAGAACCAUUGGUACACAGAGUGGACCAGGUUCAAAAAACAGAUGUGAGAUGAACAAUGCUGAUACCUCAAAGCUGUUUUAAAUUUAGGCUGCAAGAGAUUGAGAGAGACUUGAUAAUGUGCAGGGGCGUGCUGAGACCUUUGGAGGGGCAGGUGCUCAAAGCUAAAAGUGGGGCACAUUGGAAGAAGAGUUUGAAAUGCCAUAGCAUUGCGCUGCAGGCUAUUCAUGAAAAGAGAAUCAGAAAAGACAGGAAUUGCAGUUUUCUACCACACAUUUGCUUUGUUGUUAAUCAGAAUGAUAACAAACCCGUUCAUUAACAUUUGGUGAGCAUAUGACACCUUUUUUGUGGUCAUAAGUCCCAAUGAUAUUGUGGCCAAAAUAACGGCCAUAGAGUUGUGUUAUUGUGUAAGACUGAGGGGUGGCAGGGGAGCUAUCCAGAGGUGCCUUGUUUUUUUAUUUUUUUUCAUUUUUUUUCUCUCUUUGCUGUUGAAACUGAUCUAACUUUUAUGUCGAAUAAACAUGAAUCUUACUUGUGGAUGAGCAGGUCAGGUGGUUUUGCGGAGAGAUUCGCUGCAUCCCCUCCCCAUCUGUAUUCCAACAUACCGUACUAUAUUAAUUCCUUAAAAAAUUGUAACUUAAUAUGUUUUUGUUUUUUCAACACAGUUACAUUAGAUUUGAUUGA